AUGAAUUUGUUCGGGUUUCCAUUGAAAGGAACUGUGUUGGGUAUUGGGGGUAUAUUGCUUGCUUUGGCAAGACUAUGUGAUAAUAGAAGUUCAAGCAGUUACUCUUUUUCUGCAGGAGAAAGUAAGAGACCCUACCAUGGUGGCCAGAAUCACACUUUCACAGUCUCUGAUAUUUCUCACCCCCAGCAGAGAGAAGAGCAGUCUGAGGCUUGAGAAGCAGAGCAGUGUGUCUGAAUUCCUCCUCCUGGGGCUCCCCAUUCGGCUAGAACAGCAGGCCAUGUUCUUUGCCCAGUUCCUGAACAUGUACCUCACCACAGUACUGGGGAAACUGCUCAUCAUCCUGCUCAUCAGGCUGGACUCUCGCCUCCACACCCCCACAUACUUCUUCCUUAGCCACUUGGCCCUCACUGAUGUCUCCUUUUCAUCUGUCAUCAUCCCAAAGAUGUUGAUAAACAUGCGUACUCAAGAUCAAUCCAUCCCCUAUAUAGGGUGUGUAACACAGACAUACUUUUUCAUAUUUUUUGGUUGUAUUGAUAACCUCCUUCUUGGAGUGAUGGCAUAUGACAGGUAUGUGGCCAUCUGUCACCCUCUCCACUAUACCACCAUCAUGAGAGAAAACCUAUGUUUCUCAGUUGUGGCUGGGUCCUGGUUAUUCUCUUGUAGCAGUGCAAUGUCCCAUACUCUCUGCCUGGUCCAGAUGUCCUUUUGUGCUGAUAACACCAUCACUCAUUUCUUUUGUUAUCUUGCUGCUCUGCUCAAAUUAUCCUGCUCUGACACCUCCAUCAAUAAGCUGGUCAUCUUCACUGUGGGGGCAUUGGGCAUCAUCAUACCACUGACUGGCAUCCUGGUCUCUUAUGUCCGCAUUGGGGUUUCCAUCCUGAGAGUUCCCUCUGCCAAAGGGAUCUGCAAAGCCUUGUUCACCUGUGGGUCUCACCUCUCUGUGGUAUUUCUAUUCUAUGGGACCAUUAUGGUACUAUACAUUUUUCCAGCAUCUAACAACUCCUGUGACAAGCACAUAAUUGCUUCAGUGAUGUACACAGUGGUCACUCCCAUGUUGAAUCCCUUCAUCUAUAGUCUGAGGAACAGAGACAUGAAAGGGGCCCUGGGGAGGCUUUUUCAGAGGGAUAUCUUUUUCUCCAAGUGACA